GCUGAGGAAGCAGAGGGGUUCCAGUGAGGGACCUCCAGCACAGCUGAGGGCUAUUCCUGUCCUGAACAGUGAGAGCAUCCCCUGGACACAGGAUUUUCUGUGCCAUUAGUUGCUCACAGUCAUGGGUCAGCUGUUCUCUUCAUCUAAUGAUGAGCGCCACCAAGAUUUGGCCUCCAGCUUUAAAGAAUAUUUUAAGAAGUUCAAGGUAGGAAGCAAAAUCAUCUCUCAGGAAACCUUAGCUUCAAUUGAGUCAAGCCUGUCGCAAGGAAACAUACAGGGGGCAAAUUCUUCAAUCACUAAUGCAUUAAAAGAAAUUGAUAGCACCCCACUCAAUGUGGCAGUAACAGGAGAGUCUGGAGCAGGGAAGUCCAGCUUCAUCAAUGUCCUAAGGGGAAUUGGGCAUGAAGAGAAAGGUGCAGCUAAAAUAGGUGUGGUGGAAACAACCAUGGAGAGACAUCCCUACACCCACCCCAAGAUUCCCAAUGUGGUUUUUUGGGACCUGCCUGGGAUUGGAACCACAAAUUUCCCACCCAAAGAUUAUCUGGAGAAAAUGAAAUUCAACGAGUAUGAUUUCUUCAUCAUAGUUUCUGCCACACGCUUUAAGAAAAAUGAUAUAGACCUCGCCAAAGCAAUCAGCAUGAUGAAGAAGGAUUUCUACUUCGUGAGAACCAAGGUGGACUCUGACUUGAAAAAUGAGAAGGAAUUCAAACCACGAACCUUUGACAGAGAAAAGGUCCUGCAGCAGAUCCGCAGCAGCUGUGUGAGGACCUUUGAGGAGAAUAAAGUUGAAGUACCACCCAUCUUCUUGAUCUCUAAUAAAAUCUUAUCUGACUAUGAUUUCCAAAUUUUGAUGGACAAGAUUAUGAAUGCUCUCCCUGUACACAAACGACACAAUUUUAUGCUCUCAUUGCCUAAUAUUACAGAUGCGGCCAUUGAAAGGAAGCGGCAGUUCCUGAAGCAGAGGAUUUGCCUCGAAGCCUUUGCAACUGGCCUACUCAAUAUGAUCCCUUCACUGACCCUCUUAAUGGGCAAUGAUUUGGAGAAUCUUAGGAAAAGUAUGAACUAUUAUCGAACUGUCUUUGGAGUGGAUGAUGCAUCCUUGCAGGGUUUGGCUGAGGACUGGCAAGUGUCGGUGGAUCAGCUCAAGGCAAAGAUGAAAUCUCCUCAUGUGUUUGAAACUACAAAGGAAGAAACAACCAUACAAGAAAGGCUUUCAAGACUUUAUGAGGAGUUCUGUUUGACUAACGGGCACCUAUUUGCUAAGGAUGUUUAUGCUAAAGAAUUGUUUUACCUGAAAUUUUGUUUCCUUGACAUGGUGGCAGAUGAUGCUAAUGUUCUCCUUAGAGAGAUAUGUGUAAAAAAUAACUUGGUUUCUGAUUAGGCUAAAAUCUUGUAGCUGUCAAAAAUCAGAAUCAAUGACAGAAAAAAAAAAGGACACUGAUAUUGCAAAACAACAUAAUGGGUUGGUUAUUCAGGCCUUCUAAGCUUUAUUCACACUUAGUGAUCAUAUAUCCACAUUAGCUGUUGCAAGGGGAUCAAAUAUGCUUAAAGCUAAAAACAUCUACUCACUUUGACUAAACACUAAGAUAUAUGAAUUGCCCUUUUAUCUGAAUUUAUGUCAUAUAAAUCAACAGCAAUUUUUAGGUUUAAGAUUGUGGUGGGUGGUUUGAUCGACAGAUUAUAGAAUCACAUGGGAGAUGAACCUCUGGACUUGUACUUGGGAAACUAUUUUACUUACAUUAAUUGAGGUAGGAAGUGCUGCCGACUGUGUGUGGCCCCAUUCCCUAGCUGCUGAUCCCUGACUGUGCAUGUGGAAAGGGAGGCUAAGAUAGAACACUUUCACUCAUGCAUUGCUCUCUGCUUUCUUACUGUGGGUGGAGGGACACUAGCUGCCCCCAGCUGCUGCUGCGACUCCUCUAUAACCUUGAGUUUCACACUUAUGUCCUCUCUUCAUAGUAAUACCACAGGAAAAGCCAUAACUGGGCUGGAGAGAUGGCUCAGAAGACCAGCUGAGACAUCCAACUGGAUUCUUGGAACUUCCAUUGGUAGACAGCUAUUGUUGAACUAGCUGGACAACAGCCAGUAGGCCUUUCUACCAGUCUUAUUCAAGCUAUAUAUAAGAGACUUAUAUAAAGAUAGUAAAAUGGAGUGAGUAGUGUAAAUGAAGUUGCUAUAUACGUAUCUUCUAUUUCAAGUGAUAUAAACUAACCUGGACUUUUUAAAGAACUCUAGGUCUUGAACUUGGUGUAUUUUUAUCUUGUUUCCUUUUUAUUCUCUACAUUCACAAUCAAUGUAUUAAAGACUUCAGUAUAGAA